UAGUCUUCUUCUACUACUUAUUAGGAAUGUGCCUCACUUUCUUCUCCAAAUUUCUCUUCAAGCGAAAAUCCCUUUCUCUUUCAUUGCUCUGUGUUUAAGUUGCAAAAAUCAGAGGAGCACCCGAAAAAAAAAACCAGAGAGAGACAAAACGCAGAUGGGUGCUGAUUGGGGACCAGUUGUUGUAGCAGUGGUUUUGUUCAUUCUGUUGUCACCAGGACUCUUGUUUCAGGUACCAGCAAGGACAAGAGUAGUGGAGUUUGGUAACAUGUCUACAAGUGGGAUUGCUAUUUUGGUUCAUGCAAUCAUUUACUUCUGCAUACUCACCAUCUUGAUCAUUGCAAUUGGAAUCCAUAUACAUGUCAAUUAAUGUCGAAGUUCUCCCUUCUCUUCUCACUUUCAUAUUGUCUACAGAAUUUUAUUUUCUUUUCUUUUCGUUUCUUUUUCUUUUUUUGAAUGAAAACUACUUCUGCACACUCACCAUCUUGAUGAUUGCAAUUGGAAUCCAUAUACAUGUCAAUUAAUAUCAAAACUCUCCCUUCUCUUCUCA